AUGCCUGCUGUUCCUUCAAAUACUUGUACGACAGCUUUUGAUCCUGAUACUUCAAGAAUUUGUCCACUACGUAUACAACCAUCAGGUAAUGUUAAAUUAACAAUUUCAGCAAAUUUAGGAAAUUUAACAUUAUCUAAUAUUACUAAUGGGCCAUUAACACCACGACUGAAACAACAACAACUACUACAGAAACAACCACGACCACCACAGAAACAACAAAAACCACUACAACCACAAAAAACCACGACCACCACAACAACAACAAAAACAACGACAACCACAACCACAACUACAACAAAACCCACAACAACAACAACUACCACAACAACCACAACAACAACNGAUUUAUCAAAUGGAGUUCAUAUGUAA